CUCUGCCCUGUCUUGAGAACUCCCCUCACAAGGUCAGGGACAGAGCAGGUGCAGAGGCACUGCAGCCGCUUGUUGCCCAGCCUCCUGAGUGAUGCCAGCCCAAUGGUUCCUAAUCUCCAGACUGGCCUUCCUGGUACUGCUGGGCACAGUCAGAGCAGGCCCUUUCUCUCCACGGUCCAAUGUGACACUCCCAGCCCCACGCCCCCCUCCCCAGCCAGGAGGCCGCACAGUGGAGCCAAUAGGGGGAAGCCCCUCUUCUCGGCUUUAUGAGCACAAUGUGGAAGGAGGGGAGAAGCAGGUGGUGUUUACCCACCGCAUCAACCUGCCCCCUUCAUCUGGCUGUGGUUGUCCCCCCGGCACGGAGCCCCCAGUCCCUGCUUCAGAGGUGCAGGCCCUGAAGGUCCGGUUAGAGAUCCUGGAGGAGCUGGUGAAAGGCCUCAAGGAACAGUGCACUGGGACAUGUUGUCCUGCCGCUGCCCAGGCUGGCACAGGCCAGACAGACGUUCGUAGCCUCUGUAGUCUCCAUGGCGUGUUUGACCUGAGCCGCUGUGCCUGCUCCUGUGAACCAGGCUGGGGUGGGCCCACCUGCUCAGACCCUACAGGCGCUGGGGUGUCCCCAUCCUCCCCACCCUCAGGCUCCGGAUCCUGCCCAGAUGACUGCAACGAUCAGGGUCGCUGUGUCCGCGGGCGCUGCGUGUGCUUCCCUGGCUACAGCGGCCCCAGCUGCGGCUGGCCCUCCUGUCCCGGGGACUGCAACGGCCGCGGGCGCUGUGUGCAAGGCGUGUGCGUGUGCCGGGCUGGCUUCUCUGGAGACGACUGCAGCCUGCGCUCGUGCCCCCGGGGCUGCAGCCAGAGGGGGCGCUGCGAGGACGGGCGCUGCGUGUGCGACCCCGGCUACACUGGCGACGACUGUGGGAAGAGGAGCUGCCCUAGAGGUUGCAGCCAGAGGGGGCGCUGCGAGAACGGACGCUGCGUGUGCGACCACGGCUACACCGGCGAGGACUGUGCGGUGAGGAGCUGCCCCCGGGGCUGCAGCCAGAGAGGUCGCUGCGAGGACGGGCGCUGCGUGUGCGACCCCGGCUACACCGGCGACGACUGCGGCUCGCGGAGCUGCCCGUGGGACUGUGGCGAGGGCGGGCGCUGCGUGGACGGCCGCUGUGUGUGCUGGCCUGGGUACGCGGGCGAGGACUGCGGCACCCGGACGUGCCCGCGAGACUGCCGGGGCCGCGGGCGCUGCGAGGACGGCGAAUGCAUCUGCGACGUAGGCUACAGCGGGGACGACUGCGGAGUGCGCAGCUGCCCGGCCGACUGCAACCAAAGGGGCCGCUGCGAGGACGGCCGCUGCGUGUGCUGGCCGGGGUACACGGGGCCUGACUGUGGCUCACGCGCCUGCCCCCGCGACUGUCGGGGCCGCGGGCGCUGCGAGAACGGCGUGUGCGUGUGCAACGCGGGCUUCAGCGGCGAGGACUGCGGGGUGCGCAGCUGUCCCGGGGACUGUCGCGGCCGGGGCCGUUGCGAGAGUGGCCGCUGCUUGUGUUGGCCCGGGUAUACAGGCCGAGACUGCGGCACGCGCGCCUGCCCCGGCGACUGUCGUGGGCGCGGCCGCUGCGUGGACGGCCGCUGCGUGUGCAACCCGGGCUUCGCGGGCGAGGACUGCGGGAGCCGUCGGUGCCCUGGGGACUGCCGCGGUCGCGGCCGCUGUGAGGACGGCGUGUGUGUGUGCAACGCGGGCUACGAGGGAGAGGACUGUGGCGUGCGCAGCUGCCCAGGAGGUUGCCACGGUCGCGGCCAGUGCCUGGACGGGCGCUGCGUGUGCGACGAUGGCUACUCAGGCGAGGACUGCAGCGUAAGGCGGUGCCCGCGCGACUGCAGCCAGCACGGCCUGUGCCAGGACGGUGUGUGCACCUGUUGGGAGGGCUACGCAGGCGAGGACUGUGGCCUUCGUACCUGCCCUUCCAACUGCCACCAGCGCGGCCGCUGUGAGGACGGGCGCUGCGUGUGCGACUCGGGCUACACUGGGCCCUCCUGUGCCACCCGCACCUGCCCGGCAGACUGCCGGGGCCGUGGGCGCUGUGUGCAGGGAGCGUGCGUGUGCCACGUGGGCUAUAGCGGGGAGGACUGUGGGCAGGAGGAGCCUCCCGCCAGCGCCUGCCCUGGGGGCUGUGGGCCCCGGGAACUGUGCCGUGCGGGCCAGUGUGUAUGCGUCGAGGGCUUCCGAGGACCGGACUGUGCCAUUCAGACGUGCCCCGGGGACUGCCGCGGCAGGGGAGAGUGUCGUGAGGGCAGCUGCAUCUGUCAAGAUGGCUAUGCAGGGGAGGACUGCAGGGAAGAGGUGCCAGCCAUCGAGGGCAUGAGGAUGCACCUCUUGGAGGAGACGACGGUUCGGACAGAGUGGACCCGGGCUCCUGGCACUGUGGAUGCCUAUGAAAUUCAGUUCAUUCCCACGACAGAGGGGGUGAGCCCCCCAUUCACAGCACGAGUACCCAGCUCUGCCUCAGCCUAUGACCAGAGAGGACUGGCUCCUGGCCAGGAGUACCAGGUCACUGUCCGUGCCCUUCGAGGGACUAACUGGGGCCCUCCUGCUUCCAAGACCAUCACCACCAUGAUCGACGGCCCCCAGGACCUCCGAGUGGUGGCUGUGACACCAACCACACUGGAGCUCAGCUGGCUGCGACCCCAGGCUGAGGUGGACCAAUUCGUGGUGUCCUAUGUCAGUGCCGGCAACCAGAGGGUGCGGCUGGAGGUACCCCCUGAGGCAGAUGGAACACUGCUGACCGACCUGAUGCCAGGCGUGGAAUAUGUAGUGACUGUCACUGCAGAGCGGGGCCGGGCAGUAAGCUACCCGGCUUCUGUCAGGGCCAACACAGCACCCGGCCACUACAGUUACCCGGAGGUUCGCCCCCCAGCCCCGCCCCCCAAGCCCCGCCCCCGGCCUGCUCCGGCCCCGCGGCCCCCUCGGCCCUCACGUCCCGCUAGGCCCUCGCGGCCCGCGGAGGAUGGGGAGGAGGAGCCUCGGCCUGGGCCUAGCCUGCCGCAGCCCCCCCGGCGGGCGUGGGGCAACCUGACCGCCGAGCUGGGCCGCUUCCGCGGCACCGUGCAAGACCUGGAGCGCCACCUGCGGGCUCAUGGCUACCCACUGCGGGCCAACCAGACCUACGCGUCGGUGGCGCGCCACAUCCACGAAUACUUGCAGCGGCGUCGGGCGGCUGCCGCCCCCGUCGGCUCCCCGGCCCCCCAUCCCCGUCGCCCCCGCCCCACCGCCAGCCCCGACCCCGGCACCUGGAAGCGGGACUCCAACCAGGGCAUCUACGGCCUCUCGCCCGAAGGCGUCGAUCGGGUGGCUGCGCCCCGCCACCCCAAGCCCGAGGUCCUGGGCAGUUCCGCGGACGGCGCACUACUCGUAUCCCUUGACGGGCUUCGCGGCCACUUCGAGCGCGUGGUGCUGCGUUGGCGGCCCCAGCCGCCGGCAGAGGGCCCCGGCGGGGAGCUGACCGUGCCGGGCACCACGCGCACCGUCAGCCUACCCGACCUCAGGCCCGGCACCACCUACCACGUGGAGGUCCACGGGGUGCGGGCAGGGCAGACCUCCAAGUCCUACGCCUUCAUCACCACCACAGGGUCCUCUCCCUCAGGCCUCUUGGCGGCCACGGAUGAGCCUCCUCCCUCAGGCCCUUCAACCACUCAAGGGGCCCGGGCCCCUGAACUACAGCAGCGCCCCCAGGAACUAGGAGAGUUGAGGGUGCUGGGCAAAGACAAGACGGGGCACCUCCGCGUCGCUUGGACUGCUCAGCCUGACACGUUUGCCCACUUCCAGCUGCGCCUCCGGGUGCCCGAGGGGCCAGGGGCACAUGAGGAACUACUGCCAGGGGACGUCCGCCAGGCUCUGGUGCCCUCACCACCUCCCGGCGUCCCCUAUGAGCUGUCGCUUCGUGGGGUCCCCCCGGAGGGCGAGUCCUCUGCCCCUCUUAUCUACCAAGGCAUUAUGGACAGGGAUGGGGCAAAGCCUGGGAAGCCCUUGGCCCCGCCACAUCUGGGUGAGCUGACAGUGACUGGCAUGGCCUCCAACUCCCUGCUCCUGCAAUGGACGGUCCCUGAGGGCGAGUUCGACUCCUUCGUGAUCCAGUACAAGGACAGGGACGGGCCCCAGGUUGUCCCUGUGGAGGGGUCCCAGCGCUCGGCCCUCAUCACCAACCUGGACCUUGGCCGCAAGUACAAAUUUGUGCUAUAUGGGCUCCUGGGCAAGAAGAGGCAUGGCCCCCUGGUGGCUGAAGCCAAGAUCUUGCCUCAGAGUGAUCCCAGCUCAGUGACUCCACCCCGCCUGGGAAAGCUGUGGGUGACAGAUCCCACCCCAGAUUCACUGCACCUCUCUUGGACUGUCCCUGAGGGCCAGUUUGACUCCUUCGUAGUCCAAUACAGGGACAGGAACGGACAGCCCCAGCUGGUGCCCGUGGAAGGGCCUGAGCGCUCGGUCAUUGUCUCCUCCCUGGACCCUGACCACAAGUACAGAUUCACUCUGUUUGGGAUUGCCAACAAGAAGCGGCACGGCCCCCUCACAGCUGAUGGCACCACAGCCUCAGAGAAGAGAGAGGAGCUCCUCCACCCAGAGUCCCCAGAGCGGCCCCUGCUGGGGGAACUGAUGGUGACUCGUGUGACCCCAGACUCCCUGCACCUGUCCUGGACAGUGACCCAGGGUUCCUUCGACUCCUUCAUGGUCCAGUACAAGGACGCGCAGGGGCAGUCCCAGGCAGUGCCCGUCAGGGGUGAUGAGAACGAGGUCACCAUUCCUGGCCUGGAGUCGCACCGGAAGUAUAAGAUGAACCUCUAUGGGCUUCAUGGCAGGCAGCGUGUGGGGCCUGUGUCUGUGGUGGCUGUCACAGCCCCCCAGGAGGUUGUGGAGGAGACACCCAGCCCCACCGAGGUGGAGGAGACCCCCGGCCCCACAGAGCCCAGCACGGAGGCCCCAGAGUCCCCCGAGGAGCCCCUGCUGGGGGAGCUGACAGUGACAGGAUCGUCCCCAGACUCGCUGAGCCUCUCGUGGACCGUCCCCCAGGGCCACUUCGACUCCUUCACUGUCCAGUACAAGGACAGGGACGGGCGGCCCCAGGUGGUGCGUGUCGGGGGUGAGGAGAGUGAGGUCACCGUCGGGGGCCUGGAGCCGGGGCGCAAGUACAAGAUGCACCUGUAUGGCCUGCACAGGGGGCAGCGCUGGGGCCCCGUGUCCACCGUGGGUGUGACUGCCUCCCAGCCCACAAAGCCCCCUGUGGCACCCCGCCUAGGGGAGCUGGCCGUGGUAGCCGUGACCUCUGACACAGUGCACCUCUCAUGGACCGUGGCCCAGGGCGUCUUCGACUCCUUCCUGGUCCAGUACAAGGAUGUGCAGGGGCGGCCCCAGGCAGUGCCUGUGGGUGGACACCUGCGUGAGAUCACCAUUCCGGGUCUGGCCCCCGGCCGGAAGUACAAGUUCCUACUCUUUGGACUCCAGGAUGAGAAGCGGCAUGGCCCGAUAGCUGCAGAUGCAAAGACCCCCCCAGACACAAAACCUCCCCGCCUGGGGGAGCUGACAGUGACAGACCUGACCCCGGACUCUGUGAGCCUCUCAUGGACAGUCCCUGAGGGUGAAUUUGACUCCUUCGUGGUCCAGUACAAGGACAGGGACGGGCAGCCCCAGGUGGUGCCUGUGGCCUCAGACCAGCGCGAGGUCACCAUCUCGGGCCUGGAGCCCAGUAGGAAAUACAAGUUCCUGCUCUAUGGGCUGGCCGGUAGGAAGCGGCUGGGCCCCAUCUCUGCUGAUGGCACCACAGCUCCCCUGCAGAAGGAGCAGCAGCGCCCGCCCCGCCUGGGGGAGCUGACAGUGACAGAUGAGACCCCAGACUCCCUGCGCCUCUCAUGGACAGUGGCCCAGGGCCUCUUUGAUUCCUUUGUGGUCCAGUACAGGGACACAGCUGGGCAGCCCCGGGCAGUGCCUGUGGCCGAAGACCAGCGGGAAGUCACCAUAGAGGGCCUGGAGCCUGGCAGGAAAUACAAGUUUCUGCUCUAUGGGAUCCACGGAGGACAGCGCCUGGGCCCCAUCUCCGUCCUGGGAGUGACAGCCCCAGAAGAGGACACACCAGCCCCCUGGCGCCCAGCCACAGAGGCCCCCGAGCACCCUGAAGGGCCCCAGCUAAGGACACUGGCAGUGAGCGACAUAACCCCAGACUCCCUGCACCUCUCGUGGAGUGUGGCUCAGGGCCCCUUUGACUCCUUCGUGGUCCAGUAUCAGGACACGGAUGGGCAGCCCCAGGCCUUGCUCGUGGAUGGCAACCAGAACAAGGUCCUAGUGUCGGGCCUGGAGCCCAGCACCUCCUACAGGUUCUUCCUCUAUGGCCUCCAUGAAGGGAAGCGCCUGGGGCCCAUCUCAGCUGAGGGCACCACAGGGUCUGCUCCUGCCGGCCAGACCCCAGGGGAGCCAGGGCCCCGCCUGUCCCAGCUGUCGGUGACUGAUGUGACCACCAGUUCGCUGCGGCUCAACUGGGAGGCCCCAUCUGGGGCCUUUGACUCCUUCCUGCUCCGCUUUGGGGUCCCAUCACCAAGCACUCUGGAGCCCCACCUGCGUCCCCUGCUGCAGAGGGAGCUGAUGGUACCAGGGACACGGCGCUCAGCGGUGCUACGGGACCUGCGUCCAGGGACCCUAUACACCCUUACGUUGUAUGGGCUGCGUGGGCCCCACAAGGCCGACAGCAUCCAGGGCACGGCCCGCACCCUCAGCCCAGUUCUGGAAAGCCCCCGUGACCUUCAAUUCAGCGAAAUCAGGGAAACUUCGGCCCUGGUCAGCUGGACGCCUCCACCAUCCAGAGUGGACAGUUUCAAAGUUUCCUACCAGCUGGCAGACGGAGGAGAGCCACAGAGCGUGCAGGUGGAUGGCCGAGCCCGGACCCAGAAACUCAAGGGGCUGAUCCCAGGCUCUCACUACGAGGUGACGGUGGUCUCCGUCCGUGGCUUUGAGGAGAGCGAGCCACUCACAGGCUUCCUCACCACAGUUCCUGACGGCCCCACCCAGCUUCGUGCGCUGAACUUGACGGAGGGAUCCGCUCUGCUGCACUGGCAGCCCCCCCAGACCCCUGUGGACACAUAUGACGUCCGUGUCACAGCCCCAGGGGCCCCCCCACUGCAGGGCUCAACCCCUGGCAGUGCUGUGGACUACCCUCUGGGUGGCCUUGUGCUCCACACCAACUACACGGCGACGGUACGGGGUCUUCGGGGCCCCAACUUCACCUCCCCGGCCAGCAUCACCUUCACCACAGGGUUGGAGGCCCCCCAAGACUUGGAGGCCAAGGAAGUGACCCCCCGCACGGCCCUGCUCACUUGGACUGAGCCCCAAGUCCCGCCGACUAGCUACCUGCUCAGUUUCAACACCCCUGGUGGACAGACCCAGGAGAUCCUGCUCCCAGGAGGGGUCACCUCUCACCAGCUCCUGGGCCUCUUUCCCUCCACCCCGUACAGCGUGUGGCUCCGAGCUAUGUGGGGCGAGAGCCUCACACCGCCUGUGUCCACCUCCUUCACCACCGGUGGACUCCGGAUACCCUUCCCUCGGGACUGUGGGGAAGAGAUGCAGAACGGAGCCAGCACCUCAAGGGCCACCACCAUCUUCCUCAAUGGCAACCGCGAGCGGCCCCUGAAUGUGUUUUGUGACAUGGAGACCGACGGGGGCGGCUGGCUGGUGUUCCAGCGCCGCAUGGAUGGACAGACCGACUUCUGGAGGGACUGGGAGGACUAUGCCCAUGGCUUUGGGAACAUCUCUGGGGAGUUCUGGCUGGGCAACGAGGCCCUGCACAGCCUGACAAAAGCCGGCGACUACUCCAUGCGCGUGGACCUGCGGGCUGGGGACGAGGCCGUGUUUGCGCAGUACGACUCUUUCCGAGUAGACUCUGCUCCCGAGUACUACCGCCUCCAUCUGGAGGGCUACCAUGGCACAGCAGGGGACUCCAUGAGCUACCACAGCGGCAGUGUCUUUUCUGCCCGUGAUCGAGACCCCAACAACUUGCUCAUCUCCUGCGCCGUCUCGUACCGCGGCGCCUGGUGGUACAGGAACUGCCACUAUGCCAACCUCAACGGGCUCUAUGGGAGCACAGUGGACCACCAGGGGGUGAGCUGGUACUACUGGAAAGGCUUCGAGUUCUCUGUACCCUUCACGGAAAUGAAGCUGAGACCAAGAAGCUACCGGCCCCCAGCGGCCCGGGAAGGCUGA